UCUACAAGCUCGCGCGUUGUGGGCCUACAAUGAAACCGGAGCUGAUCCGGACGACCUCUCUUUUUCUGCGGGAGACAUCAUUGAAAUCGUCAAGGAGGAGAACGGCGAUUGGUGGAUGGGCCGUUUCAAUGGCCGGCAAGCCUUGUUCCCCUCUGCUUAUGUCGAAAAGAUUGCGGGCACAACACCUCCUCCGGCUACUCGCGCGCCAAGCUCCAAACCUUAUCGCCCAUUUGGAGCUGCCCACCAUGGCCGAGAUGUCCCACCUCCAGUUCAACCGACGGCUCCAGUACCUGGUCCAACCACAAACUCAUUGGGUCUGCAGGAUGAUCCCGAGCAGGAAAAGAAGAAGAGCAAGUUCGGCAAGUACGGAAAUACAAUGGCACAUUCGGCUGCUGGAGGUGUGGGGUUCGGAGCCGGUGCUGCUAUCGGCGGUGGACUGGUGCGCGCCAUCUUCUAGUUUCUUAAUUUGCUCGCAUAUUCAUAUUG